UGCGCAAGUGGAGUGCACAGAGAGUUCGUCGCUGUGGCGGGGAGUACCGAGCGUGCGUCAAACCGCUCAGAAUUGAAUAAAAAGGAAGGGCGGGGAAAUAUCGGGGUAUUUAGUUUGUGCGACUUUUAUUGCUGCUGUGAUAUAACCCAGCUAGCCCGUUGACUGUUUUAUUGUUUGGAGAGAGCAGUGCGCGUCAAUGAAAGGUUUAGGUAAAGUUGUUGCUGAGUUGUGUGUGAGUUCUUAACCUCCUGGCUCGUCUGCUCCUGUCAUCAUUACGCACGGGAGGAAUCCCGCUCCAGGAGCGACAAGAGGACGUUGAGAACAGGAAUGUUGAGAAACAGUAGUGGAACAGAGAAGAAAACCUUCACUUUCGCAUCAUGAAGACUGGAGGGACUGAGUGUGAGCCUGUUGAGAGACUGUCCUGGAGCUUUACUGGAGGUCAAGGGAGGAUUAGGCUGUCUCUAGCCCACCCAGGGCUGCUGCUUCUGGGGAUGGUACUGCUGGUCCUCCUGCCCUCUGGAGAAAGUGUCAAACAGAGUGUCCCCAGAGUCCAACUCAGCUACAAAGAGCUGGUGCAGAGUGGUAGUGUAUCAGUGUUCCUGAGUCCUACUGAUGGUCUCCAUUCCCACUCUGUGUUGUUGGAUGAGGAGAGAGGCAGGCUGCUGCUGGGAACCAGAGACUCAGUUUACCUACUGGACCCUGACCACCUCAGUAGAGCCCCCAGGAAGAUCAGCUGGCCAGCYCCCAGAGACAGAGUUGAGAUGUGUAAACUGGCCGGCAAGAAUGCUCAUUUGGAGUGUGGCAAUUUUGUGCGUGUGCUCCACAACUAUAACCACACCCAUCUGUACACCUGUGGGACAGGAGCCUUCCACCCCAUGUGUGCCUUCAUUGAGAUCUCAGGACGCAGAGAGGAGGGUGUGUUCCAGUUGUUGUCCGGUACAGUGGAGUCUGGGAGGCUGAAAUGUCCUUACGACCCCAGGCAACCUUUCACCUCUGUACUCACAGAUCAAUUCCUGUAUGCGGGCACAGCAUCAGACUUCCUGGAAGACACAACUUUCACCCGCUCCCUGGGCCCGCCCCCUGACCAGCACUAUAUACGCACUGAGAUCUCAGAGGACUACUGGAUCAACGAGGCCAGGUUUAUAUCAGCUCACCCUGUGUCCGACACCUACAACCCUGACGAUGACAAGAUCUACUUCUUCUUCCGAGAGUCAUCACGCGACAGGAGCGAUAAGAGUGUCCUGUCCCGCGUAGCACGCGUCUGCAAGAAUGACGUGGGAGGGUUGAGGAGUCUGACCAAUAAGUGGACAACGUUCCUCAAAGCCAGACUGGUGUGUUCCAUCCCUGGACCUGAGAGUGACACACACUUUGACGAGCUCCAGGACAUAUUCAUGCUUCCCACUAGAGAUGAGAAGAACCCUGUAGUGUAUGGAAUCUUCACCACCUCCAGCUCUGUGUUCCGAGGCUCGGCGUGGUUGUACAGCAAGGCUGACAUACGAGCUUGUUCAACGGACCCUACGCUCACAAGAGGACCUGACCAUCGCUGGGUAAAUUAUGAGGGAGAUACCUACCCUCGCCCUGGAACGUGUCCCAGUAAGACGUAUGACCCCAGGAUAAAAACCACCAAGGACUUCUCAGACGAGGUGGUCAGCUUCAUCCGCUUCCACCCACUCAUGUUCCGCUCCGUCUACCCCCUGACCGGCCGGCCCGUGUUCACACGUGUACGUGUCGACUACGCACUGACACAGAUAGUGGUGGACCGCGUCAUGGCUGAGGAUGGACAGUAUGAAAUCAUGUUUCUGGGUACAGAUGCUGGGUCAGUGCUGAAGGUGGUGAGCAUCACUCAGGAGAACUGGUCCACUGAGGAGGUGAUUUUGGAGGAACUCCAGGUGUUCCAGACUCCCACUCCAAUCCUGAGUAUGGAGAUCUCUUCUAAACAGCAACAGCUAUAUGUGGGUUCGGGGGCGGGGCUAGCCCAGGUGUCACUGAGCAGGUGUCACCUGUAUGGUCAGGUGUGUGCAGAGUGCUGCCUCGCCAGAGACCCCUACUGUGCCUGGGACGGACACACCUGCUCACGGUACAUCUCUGCAUCCAAGAGGAGAGCUAGGAGACAAGACAUUAAACAUGGAGACCCAUCCAGCCAGUGUUGGGACACAGAUGACACUCUGCGUGGAGGCAGGGUGGAGGAGAGGAUAAUGUUUGGGGUGGAGAAUAACUCGACCUUCCUGGAGUGUCUCCCCAAAUCACAACAGGCCACCAUACGCUGGUUCAUACACAGACCUGGAGCUGAACACAGAGAGGAGGUGAGGCCAGAUGACAGAGUGGUCUUUACAGACCGUGGUUUUCUCAUCCGCUCUCUCCAUCCUGCCGACGCUGGCGUGUAUGUGUGUGUGGCACAGGAACACACACACUUCACACACACUCUGCUCCGCCUUACACUUCGUCUCAUUCCCUACGGGAAUCUGGAUGGGCGGACCAAGCCCAGCGAGGACCCCAGCGUCGAAGUUCGCCCCGGGGCUGAGUCUCGUCAGCGCUAUAAGGAUUAUCUGCGUGUGAUGAGUUCUCCCAUUGGCUCGCUGGAGGACUACUGUGAUUCGCUGUGGCAGGAAAAGAGGCCGGCCAAUAGGAGAGGGGGGAGAGGGCAGGGGGCGGGGUUAGGGGCAGGAAAAUGGAAACACAUCCAGGAGCUGAAGAAAAGCAGGAACAGACGACACCAUGGAGAGAGGGGUGCAGAGAGGGAUAAAGAGAAGCAUGGCGAGAGAGGUGCAGAGAGGGAUAAAGAGAAGUAUGGCGAGAGGGGUGCAGAGAGGGAUAAAGAGAAGCAUGGCGAGAGGGGUGCAGAGAGGGAUAAAGAGAAGCAUGGCGAGAGAGGUGCAGAGAGGGAUAAAGAGAAGCAUGGCGAGAGGCCCUAUAUGGGCAGAGAACCACCAGUGAAUGAAUGUGUCGUGGAAAGGGAGAGAAAGCGGGAUAGGAGAGGUAGAGGGUUCAGGAAGGGCAAGGGGAAAGCGAGAGUGGGAAAGGUUGUGGAAGAUGAAGGCGGAAUGAUGGAUGGGCAUUUUUUUGCUGACGACAUAACACUGGUAGGACUGAUGACCAAAAACGACACAACAGCCUACAUGGAGGAGGUGAAGGCCCUGGAGGAAUGGUACCAGGAAAAUAACUUGUCCUUCAAAGUCAACAAAAUGGAGGAGCUUAGCGUGGACUUCAGGCAACAGCAGAGAGCGCACGCCCCCAUCCACAUCGACUAG